AUGCCUGGUGUUACUUCACUGUCUGAAGAUAAACUAUUGAAGCCAUCGCGCUACGGGAUGAUACGAAAAGAUGGCAUCAAGAAAUUUACACAAACCCGUAUUCCUUUAUAUUUGCAAUUAACAUCCAUUAAAAGCAUUCGCGCUUCGACUUCCGACUCCAACUCCUUCAUACGGAAUAACAAGCUAUCCCUCAAUAACCUCCCAGUUGAGGUAUUAAUACGCAUAUUCGCUCUCCUCGUAGAACCGGUCGAUGCUUUGCAAGUGUGGAGAAACUGUCCAGAUAAAAGCCAACUAUCAUGGGACGGAAACUAUAAUGAAAUGAAUGUAUACACAAUGAACGAAAUUUCAGAAGCGGAGAGAUGUAGAAAAGUACUCCGAUUGACAUGUAAAAUGUGGAACACGAUUGUACUCGAAUCAGUGGUCGAAUGGAAUAUUGACAUAGGGCGUAUUAUGACAUUUACACCACACAAGUUUGCCAAAUAUCCUUUCGGCCUUCAACGACUUGCAAUUACGAAUAGCGAAUACUUACAUGACACUCGAGUACAUUCGUCGGACAUAUCAAAGUGGCUUCAGGGUAACUUGUCGAAUCUUGAAUCGUUCACAGUCCAGGGAUGCUGGGAUUUUAGUGGAGCAGGAUUGAUGAAUUUACCCUACAGCUUACGUGAACUACGUAUAAUUAACUGUCCUCAAGUAUCAUCCCGUAAAUUGGUACAAUCGCUUCAACAUCUUAGCAAUAUCAGCUACCUAGCGAUCGAUUUUUCACUAUUAUUUUCCGAUGGAUCUCUGUCGACAUCAAUUCAGUCAUUCCUUCCUCGUCUCCAAACCCUUCAGCUCAUUAUCGACAGUUCAUCUUUGUCAAACACCAAUAUUACCCGUGACUCACUUCCCAAUCACAUUUCCGAACUUGUUCUUACUCAAAAUCAUCCACGACAUCGACACUAUGUUCUUGGCAACCAAGAUCUUGUUCACAGAGAUGCAGAAUAUGAACUCUGGGAUAAAUCAUUACUUCUUAAUAAUCCAGACAUUUAUCCGUUCAAUCUGCAUCAACUAGACGUAUCCAAGUGUACACUUCCAUAUGGAGUAUUCGCUCUCCCACGCGUUCUUACGCAUCUAAGUGUCGGAUACCCUUCUCUUCCUGUCGACUGGAUGCAUGCAAAACUACCUUCUACACUUGAACAUUUAAAGAUAUUGGGCUAUGUAUACCACGUACAAUAUGAAGAAAAAGAUGAUGAUCUUUAUGUUGCAUACGGAAACAAAUGGAUACAAAUGCUACCCGAUAAUGCACCUCGAUUGAAGACACUCAUUUUGAGAAUAUACACAUCAAAUUCAGCUGAUUUAUAUCACAUAAUUGGAGAAAGAUAUGCGAGUAGCCUUCAAUAUUUUGAUUUAUGCAUGCUAAAGCCAAGAUAUGGAUCGCAAGCAUGGAUGAAUGAAGACAAUAAUGAAAUAGCAGGGAGAAUUAAAAUGUUAACGUCUUUGAAGAGUUUACAGGAAUUUAGAAUGCACAGCGUAAUCAGUGAUGGAGAGUUAGAAUGUAUGCCAGGAUCGUUAAGAAGACUAAAAAUGUAUAAGGACUAUAAAAAUGAUGUGAGCGAAAAAGCAUUGAAGAUGUUAAUAGCAAAGGGAGUAUCGAUAGACGAAGUAGACGAGUUGUUUGGGUGUGCAGAAGCAGGAUCGAUUUGUUGCUGUGAAGAUGUCACAACAAGAACAAGAUGA